AUGCUGCCCGGCGGUGGCAGUGGUGGAGCUGGCAGGAAUUGGAACGGUGGAGGUGGCGGCGGUGGCAGCAGCAGCAAUUGGAAUGGCUGCGGCCACGGCAAUCAGAAGAACGAGGCCGAGGGGCAAAACCAGCAGCGGAACCGUGGCAGCAUGCAGAGGAACCAGAACUUGUGGCAGCACCAGAUGAGGAGCGUCGGCCGGCAGCAGCAGGGUCAGAGGGGAAGGAAGAUGGAGUGGCGUCCUGUGCAGCGCAACAAGGCCCCCAAAGAUGAUUCUGCCGCUUGA